AUGGAGAACAUCACCAUAGUGCAUGAAUUUCUGUUACUUGGCCUGACCAGUAUUCAGAAGCUUCAGCCAUUCUAUUUUAUGGUUUUCUUAAUUAUUUACUUGACAAACCUGAUUGGAAAUGGUGUUAUACUAAUGAUUGUUAUUUUGGAACCUAAACUCCACUCUCCUAUGUAUUUUUUCUUGGGAAACCUUUCUUGCCUGGAUAUUUGCUACUCUUCAGUGACUCUGCCAAAAGUACUUUUUAACCUCCUAUCUACUCAUAAAACCAUAUCUUUUCUUGGCUGUAUUACUCAGCUCCACUUUUUCCACUUUCUGGGGAGCACAGAAGCUAUCUUAUUGGCUAUCAUGGCCUUUGAUCGUUUUGUUGCCAUCUGCAACCCACUUCGCUAUACCAUCAUCAUAAAUCCUCAAAUGUGUAUUCUCUUGGCAGCUAUCGCCUGGAUCAUCAGCUUCUUUUAUGCUUUGAUGCAUUCCACCAUGACUGCACGAUUGAACUUUUGCCAUUCAACACAACUCAAUCAUUUCUUCUGCGAUGUCAAACCACUCUUGGAAUUGGCUUGUGGAAAUACAGUACUCAAUCAAUGGCUUCUUUCUGUUGUCACAGGAAGUAUAUCCAUGGGAGCUUUCUUUUUAACACUUCUUUCCUAUUUUUAUAUUAUUGGCUUUCUUCUGGUUAAGAAUAAGUCCUGCAGGAUACUUCAGAAAGCUCUGUCCACUUGUGCUUCGCAUUUUAUGGUGGUGUGUCUGUUUUAUGGGCCUGUGGGCUUCACAUACAUUCGCCCUGCCUCCUCCACCUCUAUGAUGCAGGAUCGGAUGGUAGCUAUUAUAUACAGUGCAGUAACACCAGUCCUUAAUCCAUUGAUAUAUACUCUUAGGAAUAAAGAUGUAAUGUUGGCAUUGAAGAAACUACUUCAUAGGAAAUUGUUUAAAUACUGA